AUGUUUACUUCUGCUAUUUACUUUUGUGUCAAGUUGGGAUUGUUGCAACUUUAUCCGGCCUACAUAUGUUACAAGGCUAUCAAGACCAACAACCAACAAGAAUUUGGUUCUCUUUUGAUUUUUUGGGUAGUUUCAAUCACUUAUCUUUCUCUCGAAUACUUCUCGGAUAUAUUUCUAUUCUGGUUGCCAUUUUAUAAUGAAAUCAAACUGGUAUUGGUAUUAUGGCUUAUUUUACCACAGACGCAGGGCGCAUCUGUGUUUUAUACACGAUACUUGGACCCAUUUUUGAACACACAUGAAGCACAAAUUGACAAUGCUCUGGUGGAGAUUCAAGCUAAGCUCAAACAGACCAUUGUCUUGUACGGCAAACAAGCUAUUGUUAAUGUCAGGAAGUGGGUGAUAGAUACUGUAUUCAAGGUAAAGAGAAAAUAG